AUGUUUGACGGAUUCCUAGAUGAUUUGAAACGCAUGAAUAAACGACAAUUUCUCUAUCAAGUAUUGAGCUUUGGAAUGAUCGUUUCAUCUGCAUUAAUGAUAUGGAAAGGUUUGAUGGUUUUUACUGGUAGCGAGAGUCCAAUUGUUGUUGUUUUAAGUGGUAGUAUGGAACCAGCCUUUCAUCGAGGUGAUCUAUUGUUCCUAACAAACUAUGAAGAAGAACCAGUCAGAGUUGGUGAAAUAGUUGUAUUUAAAAUUGAAGGACGUGAUAUUCCUAUUGUGCACAGGGUUUUAAAACUACACGAGAAAAAUAAUGGCACAAUUAAGUUUUUGACCAAAGGUGACAACAAUAGUGUAGAUGAUAGAGGAUUGUAUGCUCCUGGCCAACAGUGGCUAGAAAAAUCCGAUAUGGUAGGCAGAGCUAGAGGAUUUUUACCAUAUGUUGGAAUGGUUACAAUUUUAAUGAACGAGUAUCCUAAAGUCAAAUUUGCUGUCUUAGCAUGUCUUGGACUUUAUGUACUUGUUCAUCGUGAAUAA